AAACUAGAUAUUAUACAACUUCAAGUUCAUCUUCCUGAGCAGCACAUCACAAUUUAUCAAGAUAAUAAUAGACAUACUCUUAUUAUAAAGAUUUCCCAAUAUGGUAGAUAUAUAACAGAAAACAUAGAGAAUGAAAGUCAAGACAGAGG